AUGGCUCAAACGGCGGUUACCUACAACGAUGUCUUCGAGGAGGGCGACGUUGAGGAGGUCCAGAAGGACCCCCAGACCAUUCACCACAUCCGUGCCAACUCGAGCAUCAUGCACCUGAAGAAAAUUCUGGUUGCCAACCGUGGUGAAAUCCAAACAGCCCACGAGCUCUCGCUGCACACCAUCGCAGUCUUCAGUUAUGAGGACCGUCUCUCCAUGCACAGACAGAAGGCCGACGAGGCAUACGUCAUUGGCAAGCGUGGCCAGUACACCCCGGUCGGUGCUUAUCUCGCUGGAGACGAGAUCAUCAAGAUUGCCGUCGAGCACGGCGCGCAAAUGAUCCACCCUGGUUAUGGAUUCCUCUCAGAAAACGCAGAGUUCGCUCGCAACGUCGAGAAGGCCGGCCUUAUCUUCGUCGGACCCUCUGCAGACGUCAUUGACUCGCUCGGUGACAAGGUCUCCGCCAGAAAGCUUGCCAUCGCUGCCGGAGUUCCCGUCGUCCCCGGUACCGAAGGCGCCGUCGGCACCUUCGAGGAGGUCAAGGGCUUCACCGACAAAUAUGGGUUCCCCAUCAUCAUCAAGGCCGCCUACGGCGGUGGCGGUCGCGGUAUGCGCGUCGUUCGCGAGCAGGAGACCCUGAAGGAGGCUUUCGAGAGAGCCACCUCCGAGGCCAAGUCGGCCUUUGGCAACGGAACCGUCUUCGUCGAGAGAUUCCUCGACAAGCCCAAGCACAUUGAAGUGCAGCUCCUCGGUGAUAACCACGGCAACAUUGUCCACCUGUACGAGCGUGACUGCUCCGUCCAGCGUCGUCACCAGAAGGUCGUUGAGAUCGCCCCCGCAAAGGACCUCCCCUCCGAGGUCCGUGAUGCUAUCCUCAACGACGCUGUCAAGCUGGCCAAGUCGGUCAACUACCGCAACGCCGGUACUGCCGAGUUCCUGGUCGACCAGCAGAACAGAUACUACUUCAUCGAGAUCAACCCCCGUAUCCAGGUUGAGCACACCAUCACCGAGGAGAUCACGGGUAUUGAUAUCGUCGCCGCCCAGAUCCAGAUCGCUGCCGGCGCCACCCUGCAGCAGCUCGGCCUGACGCAGGACCGCAUCUCAACCAGAGGUUUCGCCAUUCAGUGCAGAAUCACCACCGAGGAUCCCUCCAAGGACUUCCAGCCCGACACCGGCAAGAUCGAGGUCUACCGCUCCGCCGGUGGUAACGGUGUCCGUCUCGACGGUGGCAACGGUUUCGCCGGUGCCGUCAUUACUCCCUUCUAUGAUUCUAUGUUGGUAAAAUGCUCAUGCCACGGCUCGACAUACGAGAUUGCCCGGAGAAAGGUUCUCCGUGCCCUGGUCGAAUUCCGCAUUCGCGGCGUCAAGACCAACAUUCCCUUCCUCGCCUCUCUGCUCACCCACCCCACCUUCAUUGACGGCAACUGCUGGACCACCUUCAUCGACGACACCCCGCAGCUCUUCGACCUCAUCGGCAGUCAAAACCGUGCGCAGAAGCUUCUGGCCUACCUCGGCGACGUCGCCGUCAACGGCAGCAGCAUCAAGGGCCAGGUCGGCGAGCCCAAGUUCAAGGGCGACAUCAUCCUCCCCGAGCUCUUCAACGACGACGGCUCCAAGGUCGACGUCAACCAGACCUGCACCAAGGGCUGGAGGCAAAUCAUCCUUGAGCAGGGCCCCAAGGCCUUCGCCAAGGCCGUCCGCGACUACAAGGGCACCCUGCUCAUGGACACCACCUGGCGUGACGCUCACCAAUCUCUCCUGGCCACCCGUGUGCGCACGGUCGACCUGCUCAACAUUGCCAAGGAGACUAGCCACGGCCUGCACAACCUGUACAGUUUGGAGUGCUGGGGAGGCGCGACCUUCGACGUUGCUUACCGCUUCCUCUACGAGGACCCCUGGGACCGUCUCCGCCGCAUGAGGAAGGCUGUCCCCAACAUCCCCUUCCAGAUGCUUCUGCGUGGCGCCAACGGUGUGGCGUACUCGUCCCUUCCCGACAACGCCAUCGACCACUUUGUCGAGCAGGCCAAGAAGAAUGGUGUUGAUAUCUUCCGCGUUUUCGACGCCCUCAACGACAUCGACCAACUCGAGGUCGGUAUCAAGGCCGUUCACAAGGCCGGUGGCGUCGUGGAAGGAACCGUGUGCUACUCUGGAGACAUGUUGAACCCCAAGAAGAAGUACAACCUUCAGUACUACCUCGAUCUCGUUGACAAGCUUGUGGCUCUCGACAUCCACGUGCUUGGCAUCAAGGACAUGGCUGGUGUCCUCAAGCCCCACGCAGCCGAGCUCCUUAUCGGGUCUAUCCGCAAGAAGUACCCCGACCUGCCCAUCCAUGUUCACACCCACGACUCUGCCGGUACGGGUGUGGCCUCCAUGGUCGCUUGCGCCAAAGCCGGCGCCGACGCCGUCGACGCUGCCACUGACAGCUUGUCCGGCAUGACCUCCCAGCCCAGCAUCAACGCCAUCAUUGCUUCCCUCGAGGGCAGCGACCACGACACUGGCCUGAACCCGGCCCACGUUCGUGCUCUGGACUCUUACUGGUCCCAGCUGCGUCUGCUCUACUCUCCCUUCGAGGCUCACCUUGCCGGUCCCGACCCUGAGGUGUAUGAGCACGAGAUCCCUGGUGGUCAGCUCACCAACAUGAUGUUCCAGGCUUCCCAGCUCGGCCUCGGCACCCAAUGGGCCGAGACCAAGAAGGCUUACGAGCACGCCAACGAACUUCUUGGCGACAUCGUCAAGGUCACUCCCACGUCCAAGGUCGUUGGUGACCUUGCCCAGUUCAUGGUCUCCAACAAGCUCUCCGCUGAGGACGUCAAGGCCCGCGCCGGCGAGCUCGAUUUCCCCGGCUCCGUGCUGGAGUUCCUUGAGGGUCUGAUGGGCCAGCCGUACGGCGGUUUCCCCGAGCCCCUCCGCUCCAACGCCCUCCGUGACCGCAGAAAGCUGGAAAAGCGCCCCGGUCUCUUCCUCGAGCCCGUCGACUUCGCCAAGGUCAAGCGCGACCUGCACAAGAAGUUCGGCGGCCCCAUCACCGAGUGCGACGUCGCCGCUUACGUCAUGUACCCCAAGGUCUUUGAGGACUACAAGAAGUUCAUCCAGAAGUACGGUGACCUCUCCGUUCUUCCCACCAAGUACUUCCUGUCUCGUCCCGAGAUUGGCGAGGAGUUCCACGUCGAGCUCGAGAAGGGCAAGGUUCUCAUCCUCAAGCUCCUGGCCAUUGGCCCCCUCAGCGAGAACACCGGCCAACGUGAGGUGUUCUACGAGAUGAACGGUGAGGUCCGCCAGGUCACCGUUGAUGACAACAAGGCCUCCGUCGAGAACGUCAGCCGCGCCAAGGCCGAUCCCAGUGACUCGAGCCAGGUUGGCGCGCCUAUGGCUGGUGUGCUGGUCGAGCUCCGCGUCAAGGAUGGUUCCGACGUUAAGAAGGGCGACCCUAUUGCUGUUCUCAGCGCCAUGAAGAUGGAAAUGGUCAUCUCGGCGCCGCACAACGGAGUGGUGUCGACCCUCCAGGUCAAGGAGGGCGACUCGGUCGACGGCUCCGACCUGGUUUGCAGAAUUGUCAAGGCCUAG